AUGCCAUAUCUGACCAUCUACACCAAAAUGUACAAGCGACUCCAGAAUAUGAGAUCUCCAAGGAAGAGGCAGGGCUCCGUACCACAAAGAGGAGCGGCCAAGACAGCUCUCUUCAGCGCAGACAACCAGGACAUGGAGACAGAUUGGACAGACACAAGCUACUCGAGUGAUAAUACCAUACUUCUUGAGAGCAAUGAUGACAUCAGCGAGGACAACUCUGCAGAAGCCAAAGAGUGGCACCAAAACAUCACUGCUGCCAUCCGAGUCAGCCUCAUGCUCCGCACCCACGAUUGCUUCACCAACCACGUCUGCAUCACCAACCACGCCUGCAAAGGAUGUUUUUGUGGGCCAGGACAGUCUGAAGAUGCAGGCUAG